AUGCAAAAAGAAAUUGUCACCAAAGUUGAAGAUGCUAAUAAACUUAUUAGCGAUAAGUUUUCAGUGAUGAAAACAACCUGCAAGGCUUUCUUAGCAUUUUAUAAAGAAUUAGCUAGUAUUUAACAAAAUUAUGCAGAUUAAUUAUUAAAGUUGACUAAAACAACCGGAAAACAUUUUGGUAUGAAAAAGUCAUUAGCAGAGUGUAAAGAAAUUGAAAAUCCGACAAUUCGCGCACUUAUUGACAAUUAACUAGGUUUUUUGCUAGGGAUGUCAGAUAUCAAUAGCCAAGUAGCAUAACAAAUAACUUAGAAACUUAUUCCUGAAAUAAAUGAUAUUUAUUUGAAUUGCAAAUAAAUGAAGCAUGAUAUAAUGAAAGUAAUUCAAAAUGAAAUCAAAAAGCCUUUCAACACUUACAAUGAUAAAAUGAAGAAGCUACAAUCUAGCAUUACAUCUUCUCAAAAGAAAUUAGAGAACCCAAGCAGAUUAUUGGAGCUAUAAAAAGAAAAUGAAUAGAUUCUCAAAGAAAUAAGCAGUUUUGGAACUGAAUCAGCAAAAUAGAUGCUCAAAUUUGUUGAUUAAAGUACUGAAAGGGAGACAAAAAGAAAUAUUUAACUUAAAACUUGCAUUUAAUUAUUUGGAAAUAUUACUCACAAAUAGUAUGAAAGUGCUUCAAUAUUAAGCAAAAAAAUAGCUGAGAGCUAUGAAAAGAUGACAUUAGAGCCAGAUCUAAGUGAUUUCAAUUAAAUGUCAUCUUCUCUUAAAAUUGCAGCAGGAAUAACCACAAGCGAUGGUUUAGUAAAUAAGAAUAGCAAAAUUAAUAUUGAACAAGAGAAUAGAAAUGAAAUCAAUAAAUAAGUUCAAUCCACUUAACCAUAAAAUUAGUUGUAAUUAAAAAAGGAAUAAAUUGAUUCAGAACUAAAAUAAAGCAGAAUCAGAAAAAAUAAAAUUAAAUAUGAUACAGUUUAAUCUUAAUCGAUUCCAUUAAUUAUUAAAGAACAGCUAGGAAUUUUUCAUAAUAACAUUCCAGAAAAUGAGGAAUUCUGUAAGCGCUUCUAGCUUUCUUAGUUUGGUAUUUUGAUAUGCUCCCUUGCAAGAAUAUUUUUGCAAAAUGAGAGUGCCAAAGAUUAGGAAUAAGCUGAAGAAAUCGAAGUUUUUAUUUCUUAUAUUAAGAAUAAAUUCAAAAUUAGUUUGAAGGACUACAAAAUGAUCACUAAGUUUUUUGGAAAAAGGCAAUAAAAUUUAUAAGAAUAGAAUAAUUAUUUAUCUUGUUUGUUAAAGGAAUGUACAGAUUUAAUUAAAAAUAAUAAUUUAUUAGAUGAUGAAGUGAGAUUCCUAGUGUUAUUUACAUAGCACUUGUACGCUUUUAUAGGAAUUAAUUAAUACUGGAAUAAUAUUUUAAUUCCUAGGGCUUAUUAUUAGCAACCUAACCCAAAAUUAGAAUUGACAUAUAAGAAUAACUUAGAAAGCAUUCAUGCAAUCUUCUCACAGUAAAAUCCAAGUAGAGAGGAUUUAAUUAAGUAUUCUUCUCUAAACAUAUUCUUGGAGCCUUAGAUAACUUUCCCCUUAAAUUAAUCUCUUACUUAAAUGAUGAUUCAAACACUUGUUGAAAACUAAUUGCUGUAGGAAUACUGGGAAGAGAAUCUAAAUUGGAUAAUUAAAUUUGGUUAGGAGGGAUUAAAUAUGAAUGCUUAGAAUAUAUAAUUGACUUUUAUUAAAUAUUACUAUGAGAAUAUCUUGCACAGUAGCUUGGUAAGGAAAGAAAAAGAAUCUCUUAAAUAUUUGUUAAACUUAGAAAGAGUUUUAGAACAAACAUAAGAAAUUCUAUUAAAAGAAUAAAAUUUAACUCCUAAAAAUGAAAGUGCUAAUUAAAAACUAUUAAGCUACCUAAAUCAAUCAAUUAAAUUCACAUUGUCAUACAAACCCUUCCUAGAUUUUCUUGAUAUCAUUAAAAACUUUUGGAAUUAUUUCUAUCCUUAAGAAAACUAAAUUAAGGCUGCUUGUCAUUUACUUUACAUUCUUGCAGUCAGUUAAAAAGAUUAUACAAUAUACUCUGAUUUGGAAGAACUAUUCAUCUAUAUUUUUAGCUCUGCAGGUUUAAAGUAUUGUACUAACUUCUACAAAAAGAUUAAAUUUAAUCCUUAGGAUCCAAUCGAUAAAGAGACUUUACCAAAAAUCUAAGAUGUUUUGGCAAACAACAACAGAGAGGGAUUAAUCGUGAUCAGUAGCUACAUUCCAUUGUUUGCAAAGCACAUGCAUAGAUUUAUUGAUUACAGAUAAAAUGAGUUGAAAAUAGAGUUUGUUAACAAUUAUAUUGAAAAUUUACUCUCUGAGAUAAUUAAAAUUUUAGAACUUGUCGUAGAACACAAUAUGCUAAACAAUGACAAUAGUUCUUUUGCUUUCACUAUUGCUUUUGAAAUUUCGAAGUUAGAUGAUAUUUUGAAUAAAUAUAAUCCAGAAAGAGCCACAUAAUAUUACUAGCUCCUAACUCCUUUCAUUGAUUAUUGGUUCAACAACUUAGAAUUUUAAUGUAAAAACAUGCUCUAGAACUGCUUAAAAUAAGAAAAUUGGUAAACUGGAGAAGGUUAGAAAUUGUACACAAGGAGUGUUGUGGAUUAUUGUUCUCUCAUGUUUAAGAGUAUAGAAGUGAUGAAUCAACUAGUAAAUGCUCCUGAAACUAACAGAUUUAGGAAAUAAAUAGUUAAAAAAUUUGAGAUACUUGUAUAUGAAGCUUUAAAUGACUACUCUAAAGAAGUUUUAAAUAGCUUGAACUAUAUAAAUUCUAUUGAAGAAACUUAAUUUAAGAAGCUUUCUACUUCUAAGUUAAAUCCAUAAAUGUACCCUAACAAUACAGAGAAUGAGAUUAUAUCAAACUUAAAAGAAUUUAAAGCUAUUUGCUAUAGAUUUGGUAACAUGUAGUUCUUACAUGAAUAAAUUGAUACAGUUGCCUAAGAUUUAUUGCAAUUCUCCUCUGAUAUCCUCAAUGGAUUGAAAAAAGAAUUCGAUUAAAAUAUCUAAAAAAUUAGUAAAUUGGCCGCUAUGAAGCUUGUUAGAAAUUAUAUGAGAAAGCCUGUUUUCAAUCAAAUUCUUAUGAACUUUGAUGCUAAUUAAUUCAGCAUGCUAUCAGUUGAAGAGUUCUCGAAAUAAUAUAAGGGAUCCAUAAAGAACCUUUUAGACGAAGUUGAUGACUUUUUCUAAUUAUUUUCUAAGAGAGUUCCAAAGUAGCACCAAGAAAUUCUGGCAGUAGCAUUUGCAAGCCAAUUCACAAAAGAAUAUAUAUUUGCUGUGAUGGACGUUAAUAAAUAUGUUUUUGAUAUUGACAGUAGUAGAUUUAGCUAAUAUUUUAAAUACGAAACAAACUACAUUAAAACAUAUCUCUCUUCCAAAAUGCCAAUGGGAGUUAACAUCCAACUAGGUUUGGCAGAAAAUAUUUCAAUAUUAAUGUAAAUUGCUAGCUAUCUCGAUGAAUCAGUAAAUGACCUUCUCAGUAAUUUUGAGUAAGCUAUGGUAUAAAAUGACGAAUUUAGAUGCUCUAUUCUUUUCAGAUUGUUGUAUAUCAGAAGAAAUGAAAAUAAUAAAAAAUAAAUUGAAAUAAUCAAAAAAUAUAAAAAGUAUUAUUUAGGAGUAUGA